GGGAGCCCAACGGGGAGAGCGCCGGGAGCCGGAGCGGGGACGGCCGCACAGAGCACCAUGCGGGCACCGCUGCUGCUGCCGCUGCUCCCGCUGCUGCUGUUCGGUGUCAGCUCUGGCAAUAAUGAUAAAACUACACAUUCGACCACAGUGAGUCCAGAAACAACUAAGCAGAUCACCACUAUUACAGUCACCACCAGCCAGGUGCAAGGGAGUAUCUCUGCAAGCAAACCAAGCAGCACAGCUCCCACCGCUGUGAUGUCCUUCACCAAAGCUCAAGAGGCAGCCACUUCAAGCAAACAACAUGACUCUUCAACAUCAUCCAUCCCACCACCAUCAACCAGCAUCACCCCCAGCAUCAUCACUACAAGCCCACAGGGAAAAACACCAUCCACUCCUGCAUUGACACACACCCCAGAUCAAAACACCAAGACCACAGGCAGACAAGAUGACACAUCACAUGUCUCAGUGGCAUCAACCAGUGCAUCUCAGCAGGUCAGCUCUUCAGCCAGCGCCGCUGUCCCAACAACCACCUCUGCUGUCACCUCCAGUGCUACACAGCAGAAGGUGAGCCCUACAGACAGCUCAGAAAUCUUACUCAAACCCAGUGCAAGUCCUAAUUCCACUCAAGUAACCAGCCCUUCACGCACCCCAAAAGGCUUCCUGUCUACUGUCACAACAUCUCCACACAUAGCAGACAAUGGAAGCACUGCUUUAAACCAGUUGAAAAGUACUGUGUCAAGUUCUGAAGUCCCAGUGAGCAGCUUUUUGGACAAGGACCACAGUGUCUCUUCUUCUACAUCUGCCACCAACCAGCAUCUCUCACUUUCCAGUCAUCGUCCCACUUCUCCAGUCCCGAAAUUUGAAUGUUCUACCCCUCAUAGUGGAUCCGUGCCCUCUACCAGCAGUAAAACAUCUCUGUCUUCGCCAUCUAGCAGCACAAAGAAUGCCACAGUCACAACCACCAUGACAACUGCUAAAGCAGCAUACACAAGCCAGGGAGAUGGAUCUGUGACACACAAAUCUGGAGUUACUGCUCAGAGCCCCACCAGUGCACCACUGCCAACACCGACCCUGAAAGACCACAUGAAGAGCAAGAGUCCUGACCAGACACACUCGAAUGUUUCUCCCCCAAAUGAGGUGAUUUGUGAAGACCAGAUAGGAGAGGUGCGGCCCAUCCUAAAUCUGAAAGAAGAGAAAACUUGUGACGACUGGAAGAAAGCCAGUAAUGAGGCCUUCUUCGAGGUCUUCUGCUCAGGCAGGCGGCACGCAUUCAACAGCACGAGAGACAGGUGCACGGUGAAACUGGCCUCCUCCAAUCAUCGUCGCUGGGCUGUGCAUGUCAUUGUGCAUCGCGUUCUGGACCCUGCAGCAGUCUUUGAAGAGCUGAAAGAAAAGAGGAAUGAGUUAGAGAAGCUUGGCAUCACCAACGUCACCUACCUCAACCAGGAGAUGGAGGAAGAGAUCAAGGAUCAGUUCAGCACACCCCUCAUAAUCACCAUUGUCACCCUGGCUGGCUCCCUGCUGCUCAUCGCAGCAAUCUACGGCUGCUGUCACCAACGCUUCUCCCAAAAGAAGAGCCAGCACUUCCACCCUGAUCUCCCCGGGUUUGAUGAUGGACGUGCCAUCCUGAUCUUUAAUCAGCGCCUGACAGAGGAGCUACAGACAAUGGAGAAUGGCUACCAUGAUAACCCCACACUGGAGGUGAUGGAAACGGGCUCUGAAAUGCAGGAGAAGAAGGUGAACCUUAACGGGGAGCUGGGGGACAGCUGGAUCGUUCCUCUUGACACCAUCAUGAAGGAGGACCUAGAGGAAGAGGAUACGCAUUUAUAGGGUGCAGGAUUUGAGCAAGCAAAAAACAACCCCCUGAAACACCUAAUCCCUUUCCCUAAAAAACAGAAAACAAACAUAACCCUCCUGUACAUGUACACAAUUCCAAAGGAAGGCAGAAUUCCAAACAAACCCCAGAAAACCCCUUGUGAGCUAAUCACAGCCACCACACAGGGUGAAGGAUGGAAGAGAAGGACACAAGAAGACACCUCCAUGGCACAUCACCAACAUGACACAGUGGCCACAUCCAGUCCAGCAGCUCUGUCACCCAUGGGUGCUCCUGGGGACCUGUCCAGCAGAUUGGCCAAUCCUAGCAGGGAUGGCUUUGCUGCUCUGCUCUCUCCAAACAGGGAUGCUUGAGGCUUUCUAGCAGCAGGGAUGCUGUAUCCCCUCCCGUUCCCCAAGUGCAUCCUCCAGCUUCCAAGUGAUUCGAAAAGUAAAAAGAAAUGUAGUGAGGAUGGGAGAGGGAGCACAGCUUGUGAUAGCCAGCUGGCACUUAGAAGAUAGAGCUAGAAAAAUCCUCUGGCCCAUGCUGUUUAAUCAUCGUCCUCCCCUACAGCUCCCUUGGAAAACACCCAGGGACUGAGCACAAAGAGCUGGAAUGCUCCAUUUGCUCCUUUCUUAUCCACUUUCCAUCCUCACCCAACUGCUCUUUAAAAAUGCACACUGGCCACACUUUAUGGCAUAAGCAAAUGCAUGCAUCCAGGCAUGGCUGGACUGGGGGUGUUGAGGCCAAAUCCCACACUGCCUUUGUCAGCCCCACAAAGGGCUGGGGCAGGUUCUGGUUACAGACCAGAAGAGAUGAAGGGGAUAGUGCAGCACCUUCCAGUGAGAGGGAGAGGAAAAGGUGUCACUCCUUGAUUUUGUAUCUCUAAGGGAGUGUUUAAUGAGACAAAGACCAACCGAAUGCUGUAGGUGGUUUUGGUUGUAAAGGAGCCCAGCUGUAACACAGACCAGUUCUAUGGUUGCAUUUAGCUACGGAAGCAUCCGAUCACCUCCCAGUAGUGAUGCAGCACACCCAUUUUCUCCUGAGGCUGGUGCUGAUGCGUGCAGCGAUGCUUUGUUCUGGCAGCGAAUUCUGUGCUCAUGUUGUCUUGUGCUAACUACAGAAACAAUACAAGAGCAGCAGAGGUGUGAGCCAGGUAACUUGGCUGCAGUCAGAGUUUUCCAUCCGUUCAGCUCUUGGUGUUUCCUCUCCAUGAGGUUGGUGAUCUCCAUCCUCAUCCUCAAGGUUUUCCUCUUCAGAAGUACUUAAAAUAGCAGACAUCUGUGAAGAAGCCUCCAGCAAGGCUUGUACUGAACCUCGGUUUCCUGUCAAGGUCUCCCUUUGCGAUAAAUCUUCAAAGGGAAAAAAAAAAAAAAAAAAAAAAAAAAGGAGCAGAGAAUGGCUGGACUAAGGCCAUUUGUGGAUUUCCCAUUCCUGCCACAGUUCCUCAGUGGCUCUAGAAGGAGAGCUUCACAGCAGGCAGUCUGGUGUGGAAGGGACCUGAAGUCCCUUGGGUGAGGGCAUCUCCUGUCAUCUCAUGCAUCGUCACAGCACGCCGAGGUUGGAACGAACCUCUGGGUUCAUCUGGUCUAAUCCCUGCACCAGCAGGGACACCCAGAGCUCUGCCCAGGACCACGUCCAGGUGGGUUUGAAGAUCUCCAAGGGAGAAAUGCUCACAUUGAGGUGCUGUGCAGCAAAUCCACAGCAGUCCUGGUGAGGCAGAGGAGCUCCAGGUCAAUGCAAUGGAGAAGCCAUUCCUAAGGCUGUCCCAGAAGAUGGGCAAAGAUAAAGAGGUGAGGAGAAAUGAAAACAAUGGCAAAACUCUGCUCUAGCUCAUCAGAGUUGCUCACAAAUAGAGUGGUCAGAGCAGCUUGCUCAGCUCCAGGACAGAAGCUGGCAGAAGAUGCAUCUUCUCCCAUGGGCCAGCUAUUUUCCUUCUCUCCCGCACUGAAGGACAUAGUUGAAAGCGUUCAAGCCUAUCUAUUUUUGUAUGUAAAUAUUACUGCUAUUCAUUAGCAAUGUAUUCCGCACACUUCACUUAUCUGUGCACUGCAGUACGGGGAAGCAAUUUUGGAGGGGGAAAAUUAAAAAACAAAAAAAAAUACUAAAAAAGCUAAAGGCCUGUCUGGUAGGGGAUUGCAACUCAACAGAUAGCAGGAGAACAUCUGAUGAAGCUGCUCGGAUAACCCCAUGCUGCUGCACGUCAGCAUCGUGUUAACAUUGGCAAAUUGGUCUUGGGGUGGGCAGCAGCACGUUCAGCUCUUAAUGUCCAAACCAGCCUUAAGGAACUGCUCUGGUUGUUUGUAAUGCUUUUGGAAGCAUGUUGCUUCCCAGCUGCCCAGGAUGGGUCUUUGGACUCAUAUUUCUGUCCUUAGCAUAAAAUAAAAGCAGUACGUGCCUAAGGUCCCCUUCCAGUGAAGAGAUGCCAAAGUGCUUUAAUGAAUCAGGUCCAAAGACUUUCCCAGAGAACCCUAUGAAGGCUUGAAAUCAAGCAACCUUAAAUCUUUCAGAGCAGAGACCGGUGGAGAUAGUAACUGCUCGGCAAGUGCUUACAGUGAUUUAUAUUUGAAUAGGAAUUGUACAUUUAUUUAUUUUUCCAGACACCAUAUUUUUAAACCACUAAUAUUUUAUAGUAGAUUUUCCUUCCCCUAUUUAAAGAACUAUUUCCUUGGGAAAAAAGAAUAAUAAAGUUUUUAUGUUGGUAACAUUCUUUUUGCAAAAAAAUAAAACAUCAGGUAGGAAAUGCAGCAUCUUCAGCCUUAACAAUUCCCUUCAUAGACUGUAGCCACAACUGUUAGACCAAAAAGAUCUACCCAUGCAUUUCCUCCCUGCCCCUCUCUCCUUCCCCUUGCUCCUCUUCUCUUCCCCAAAAUAGCUUUAACACCCAAUAUGCUGUACAAGGACUAUUACCUUUUGGUAAGACUUUUGUAAGCAGUUCAGAUGUUCUUGCAAGAGACUUUUCUAUUUGCAGAUUCACAAGGAGCAUGUAAAUACUUUAGGACCAUUUAUCUCCCACUCACAGUGCCAUGACCCAACCAAGCAGGUUGAUGCUGCGUCUUGCCUACAGCCGAAGAUGUAACCCACAAUGGGCUGCAGAAGGAGAACCUAUUUCCCGAGGCAGCUAUCCAUUGAACCUUGCAAAUAUUGUAGAGCUCUCAUGUACUGUAUAGCAGCAUCUCUCGUGGGGACAGGAGUCUGAUUUACACUGGAAUUUAAUGAGGAACUGGAUUGUAGAGAUUAUUCUUGCAUUUUCCUACAAAUAUAUUUUGAAAGCAUCAUGUAUUUCUGUCAAUAAACAUUCGUAUGUAAGAGAUUCA